UUGGGUUUUCCGCAGCUUUUUUAUUUAUAGCUUCCCAUUCUGUUCCUCCUAAUGCUGCUGCUUCUGCUUCCGCCUCAAUCUUUUUUCACUUUUCCUCCUCUCCUCUCCUUUCUCCUCUUUCUCCUACAAUGUCUGCUUCCGUAACAGUGUCUCAUGUUUCCAACUUCUAACCAUGUAACCACAAACACCCAAAACAAAACUUUCACUUUUUUUCUUCUACCCUUCCCCCCUAGAGAAGCGAAACACCAUCUGGGUGUCUUUUUUCAUUUGGCUUUUACUGCAAGAUGACACCUUGCGCCUUGUUUUCCCUCGUUAACAAUAAUGCCUUGUUGAGAUCUACCACCACGUUGGUCGUUUUCACUUUCGGUGUCGUCCCAUGUUGUUGUUGUUGUUCAUAUUUACCUUCUGGCUUUAAUGUCCCUGCCUGUCACCCUCCACAGUCACUGCCUCUUGUGGGUUGAGCAAUGCGGGCUUCCAGGUUUAAGGGUAUCUUGGAAUCUUGUCCGUGAGAGUUUUCUUCUUUUGGGUCGCGAUGCAAUUAGGAUUUCUGCAAAAUGGAUCGGAUUUAUCUCCUGGAAAAAGCCUGGAUGGAAGUUUCAGGAAGUCCAGCUCUGUUAUUUCUGCUAGUACUGUCUCGGGGACCUCAGGAUUGAGCAAAAUUCUUCCUAUUUCCAGAAGAGUGUUGAAGGGGCUGAAGGAAUGUGGAAGGAAACUGGUUGAUCUGGAGUUAUUCACUCAAUAUCUUGAGGAGUGGGUCUUGGAGAAUAUAAAUGGUGAUUCAGCAGAUGGGAUUCCGAGUUUUCGUUCACCUUUCACAACUGAUGAACUGUGCAAACUUGAUUUGGCAAUAGAGGGGGUUCCAUUUCAGCAACUUGUCCGUAUGCCAAUCUUCUCUGACAUUUCUGAUGAGCUUAGGGAAGAUCAGUAUUUAGCAGCAGAAGAUUUCCUUCAUGCCAUUAUCAUUGGACUUUGGCGUACAUUUUGGCAUAAAAGUGGACCACUGCCAUUAUGUGUCUCUUGUCCGUCUCAUAUUGGUUCGAAGUUUAGUAGUGUUGAAAAGGCAAUAUCCAGGGGCAGGGUGAGGGAAAUGCGUGGUUUGGCUUUAAUAUCAAAAACUGUCACAGAUUCAAGAUUUAAAUGGGAUCAUAUGGUAGAGUUUGCCUUAUUCAAGCCAGAAGUAUUCUUGGACAACGAUUCAAGACUAUCAGUCACCAUCAUUUGUGAAGCUCUCUUUUAUGGUUUCCAUAUUCUUGUAUCUCGGAGUUUGAGCAAGAUUAGUUCUGUCAACAGUGACUCUGUUUUCCUUCUAGUUCUAGAUUCCAAAUGUGGAGCAGUGAUGAAGUUCAGUGGUGACCUUGGCAAACUGGAUUUAUUGAAUUCAAGCGACCCAUAUUUAUCCGUAGCUGAAUGGAUCAAAACUUAUGCUGAAAUUGGCAUCACCCCAGUGGAACCAAUAUGGAACCGGUUAGGAAAUCCAAACUGGGGGGAUAUAGGAACUCUGCAGGUACUAUUGGCAACUUUCUACUCCAUGGCACAAUGGAAUGGACCACCGCGAAAAUCAGUAGCCUCGUUGAUUUCAGAUCAUAGCCUCCGCCUUCAGAAGCGGAGGACAGAAUGCUGCCUCAUUGACACUGAAAAUGCACUGGUUCCUUAUCAUGCGACAACCGAUUAUCAAGCUGGAGAGAUUGUUGAGCUUGAUCAAAAUGAACUAUUUUCCAAUGGCCAAUCAUCACGCCUGAAGCUCCGGUGUGGAGACAUAUUGGUCUUGGAUGAUCCACAGCAGGGACAGAAAAGCUUCCAAAUUCAUGAAUCUCUUGUGGGAGGGAACUAUUAUCUCUACAGUGCAGUUUGUCUUGAUCAUCCCUCACAGUUAUUGACUUUAUACGUGGGUGCUCACCCAUCUAGACUUGAACCUUCUUUGGAGGAUAUGAGCCUCUGGUACCAAGUGCAACGCCAAACAAAGGUUCUAAACAUUUUGAGAAAUCAAGGAAUCCUGAGCAAGCACUUACCUGAGAUUGUUGCUUCUGGUAGGAUUUUACAUUCUGGAGCAUGCAAUAAAGAGAGCCCUGGGGGAAGGUGUGAUCACCCUUGGUGUGGAACUCCAAUACUGGUGACAUCUCCAAGAGGGGAGCCACUAUCAUCUGUGGCUGCUCAUGAGGGGUCAUUUUCUGCAGAUGAAGCCACACGCCUGUGCCGGGAUUGUCUAGCUGCUCUAAGAAGUGCAGCCAUGGCUAAUGUGCAGCAUGGUGAUAUUUGUCCUGAGAACAUAAUACGUGUUGUCGAAAAACAAGGUGUUAGAAACAAAGGUAGCAUGUAUGUUCCCAUAUCUUGGGGGCGUGCCGUGCUGGAAGAUAGGGACAGCCCAGCAAUAAAUUUGCAAUUCUCAUCAUCUCAUGCACUUCAGCAUGGGAAGCUGUGUCCUUCUUCUGAUGCUGAAAGCAUUGUAUACAUCCUGUAUUUUAUUUGUGGAGGGACUAUGUCUCUACAAGAUUCUAUUGAAUCUGCUCUACAAUGGAGAGAGAGAAGCUGGGCAAAGCGUUUGAUCCAGCAGCAUAUUGGUCAUGUUUCUGCUCUCUUGAAAGCAUUUGCUGAUUAUGUGGAUAGCCUUUGUGGAACUCCAUACCCUGUUGACUAUGAUAUAUGGUUGAAAAGAUUGAACAAAGCUGUGGAAGGCUCAGCAGAUAAAGGUAAAGGGAUUGAAGAAGUACCAAUAACAUUAAGAUUAGAGGAUGCUGCUGGGUCUUCAGGAGCUUCUGGCCCUUGAUUUUGGUGCUUAUUUUACUUUUAGGACUUCAGAUUAUUAGUGUUAUUAUUUUGGUUGGUUGGCAUUUUCUUCGGCAACGUAUAUUCUGGAGUGUUUACUGGUUUUUUUGUCUGAUUGAAAACCCAUAACAAAAUUCAUGCCUAAUACAAGAAUAUUGCUUUGGAACCUGGAAGCAUCCAUUGGAUUUGGCAAACUAAGAGGUUAAAGCUAGUGCAUGUGUACACUUAAAGCUUUAGCUUUUUCCUUUUGGUCGAGGUUGUGAUGAAAUCCUCAGGUUUCUUCUUUAAAGUUCAUUAUAUUCCAAAAAGCAUUGUGUAAGGACACUUAUCAUCAUGUAUUACAUUCAGAAUUACAAAAGAAAUUUGCACUUAAAUGUAAAAUAUACAGCAUUCCCGUACUGUUAGAAUCUUGUUUCCUAACAUGACAACUGUUAGGAAAUCAUGACCAAGGCAAAUAAAUUGUAUAUGGUAAUAUACCAUUUGUCUCUGAUGAUCUCUUUUCUCUAUAAGAACUAGGUUUCUUGUCUUUUGUAAUUAUGAGCAUGUUUAUGAGCAGACAUUAAACUAGCGAAGUGCUUAAAACCUGAUUGCUUUGAUGUGGGUACCUAACUUUGGGUGAAAAACAAAAUUGAAUGCACUGAAUCUCUUGAAACGAAAUCAAUAUUUCUACCAAAUGCUGUCAUUAUGAAGCAUUUUGUGGGGUUUACUUGAACACGGAUUUCAGCAUUCAUGACC